AUGGACCAUUUCCACGACGGGCAGCACGUCCGGCUGCGGAGCCGCGUGCAUGACACGUACUACCUCCACGCCGACGACGACGGGGAGAGCGUCUCCAUCAGCCGCCGCCGGUACUCGCUGAACGCGGCGUGGACGGUGCACAUCUACCACGGCGACGGCUCGCACCUGCUCCUCCACGGCGCCGCUUACGGCCGCUACCUCGCCGCCGCGGCCAAGCCGGCACCGUUCGGACACCACGGCUUCCGCGCCGAGCAGCGCGACUACGACGAGCCGGUUCUGGCGGCCAUCAUGUGGCAGGCCGUCGAGGCGGGCUCCGGGGACGGCGUCCUGCUCCGCAACAUCGGCGGCCGCUACCUCCGCGCCAGCGGCAAGUUACGCAGGUACCUCCGGUGGAACGCCCGCGUCGGCGUCGAGUACACCGACAACGUCAGCGCCAUGAUGCACUGGAUCGUCGAGCCGAUCCGCCCCAGAGCGCGCCCGCCUCUCAUUCCGGGCCCGAUUCGGACCCGCGUCCCCGGAGACCUCUCUGUCAUCAUGUUGGGGCGCAAGCCGGGUGGGUGGCGCCGGAUUCGGUUCGUGCGAGCGAGCGACGAGGGGCUCUACAACGAGGACGGCUGGUCCGCGCUCCGUAUCAGGGGGAGGUCCGUGUACCACCUGAGGAACGCGCUGGCCAGCCGCGUCGGCGACAUCGACAUCCACGGCCAGCGCCGCAACAUGGUCAUGUGCGUCCGAGCGGGCCUCUACGGGAGGCUGACCCCACUCGUCGUCAACCUGCCCCACGGCCGCUACGGCGAGACCCUCGAUAUCGUCGUGAUGCUGUCCGGGACCCCUGCCUAUGAUGCGCUGCGACACCCGGAUGUCGCCGCGAAGUAGAGAAAGAUCAGAGUGGGAGUCCCGACAGUUCACCUCGAAGUUUCCCUGCCUCAGACACAAUGCCGGCAGAACUGGACGCCUACUUUUGCAUAUUGAUAUUUGAUAGAUAUAGUAGGUCGAGAAAACUAAUCAGCUCCUGUGUUUCUUUUGCUAGCUAAACUUGCUCUGCUCUCAGGACAGGGGGAACCUGUCUAUUUUGGGAUCGCGGUUCUAUGAUUCAGACGUGCUGAAAGCCUUGUGUCCAAUGGGUGAAUAAUUUCGUAGCGAUUCUGGUUGUAGUAGUCGUUGCACUGUCGCUCUUCUGACAUUCAUCUCUGUGAUGUGGUUGCUAUUACUUCCGGGAUGAAGCAUUCCACUAUGGGUUCUGCAAAUGAAUCGACGAUCACCAUUCAUUUUGGAGGAUGUACUUCGCACAAAUGGAAAAUGCAGUGGUUAUUGCAGUGUGAUGAUGAUCAUGUAUUUUUUUACAUUAUGCAUUUCAUAUAAAUAGAAAAUGCAGUUGGUUCUUCCAGUGGGCCGUGGUC